AUGACUGCAAUCGAAGAGGUUGCUAAUCGAGUCAUUGAAAACGCAUCAAAAGGAUUACAUUUAGAUCUUGAAGACUGCUUUUCUAUUUUAGACUCAGUUGAAAAGAUUUUUUCAGAUGAACAAAAUAUAAUUGAUAUUGCACCACCAGUAUUAGCAAUUGCUGACAUGCAUGGACAACUUUUUGAUAUGCUUAAAAUCUUCGAAAUUUGCAAAGAAUCGUCAAAAUUUUUAUUUUUAGGCGAUUACGUAGAUAGAGGACCAUAUUCUGUCGAGUUAUUUAUAUAUCUAGCAGCAAAGAAAAUCUUACAACCCAAUAAUUACUAUUUAAUUCGUGGAAAUCAUGAAGAUUCAGGUGUAAAUUCUACUUAUGGAUUAUUUGAAGAUUGCAAACAAAUUUACAGAAGCAAUUCACUUUAUUUACGAAUGAAUGAAGUAUUCCUUUCAUUACCUAUCGCUGCAAUAAUUGGAAAUAAAAUAUUUUGUGUUCACGGCGGUUUAGGACCAACAUCCGAAACUAUUGAAAAGAUCAAUGAUGUAUACAGAUAUCAAGAUAUUGAUCAAAACAAAACUCUCACUGAUAUUACGUGGUCAGAUCCAGAUUUCAUUUCUCAGAAGUUUAUUGAGAAUAGCAGAGGUGCUGGACAUAUUAUGGGCAAAACAGCUGUUUUAGAAUUUUUAAAUAAUAAUAAAUUUAAUUUAAUUUUGAGAGCUCAUCAAACACAGGAUUUAGGAUAUAGGUUCUACUUUGAUUCUAAAUUGCUCAGCCUCUGGUCUGCUCCAUUAUACUACGGAACUCAGUCUAAAGCAAAAGUUCUCAAUAUAAAUGAGGAUCUAAGCCACGAAUUGAUCGCAAUUGAACCUGCAGAAAAAAGAACUCGCACUGACGAAAUAUUAUUGGAUUAUUUCAAAUACUAA